UGUCUCCCCUUUGACUUUCGGAUCUAUACUUAUUCGGCACCAUGGCUCGUAAUGAAGAAAAAGCGCAAUCUAUGCUGUACCGUUUCCGCGAAGCGCAAGCAGCGGAACUGGGCGGUAUCAGUCGACGACAGAAACGUCCUGGUGCUGCUUCCUCUGUCAACAAUAUAGGCGAAUGUGAGAAAUGGCGCCGAGAUGUAUUACAGGAAAUUUCGCGAAAAGUUUCCAAGAUUCAAGACACGAGUUUAUCCGAUUACCAAGUACGCGAUCUGAAUGACGAGAUCAAUCGCUUGAUGCGAGAAAAAUACUAUUGGGAACGAAGAAUACGAGAACUCGGUGGUGCAGUCUACUCUCGUGCACCUAAAAUGAUUGAUGCCGAAGGCAAAGAGGUACCGGGUCAUCGAGGAUACAAAUAUUUCGGUCGUGCGAAGGAUUUACCAGGUGUACGAGAACUGUUCGAAACGGAAGCCGCUGAACCUGUAUCACGUACUCGUGCCGAGAUAUAUCGUAACAUUGACGCAGAUUAUUACGGCUAUCGCGACGAAGAAGAUGGUCUGAUAUUGGAAUACGAGAAGCAGCGUGAACCGGAACUUGUAGAGCGAGCAUUAAAUAGACCUGACGAAGAACCGGAAGAAGAAGCCGGUGAAGCGGAAACCGAUCAAAAAUCACAGGCAAAGGACAAAGCGGAUCACCAACCCAUGGAUCUCGAUAAAGAUGUGGUGGAUGUGCCGGUACCAAGUCAGGAGGAUGUAGAGAAAUACCUUGUGGAAAGGAGGAGACAAGAGUUGUUGGAGAAAUACGUGUCCGAUGAUUUGAAGCAUAUCACAGAAGAAACAAAAGAGUUAACAGGCAUGUCAUAGAAUCGACGUCAAUCAGUAAAAAGAACAAAGUGUUUUCUAUUUUUUUUUUUUUUUUCAAAUGCC